AUGCCUGUUGGAUCCAAAGAGAGGCCAACCUUUUUUGAGAUUUUUAAAAUGCGAUGCAAGGAAGCAGAUUUAGGACCGAUAAGCCUUAAUUGGUUUGAAGAACUUUCCUUAGAAGCUCCACCAUAUAAAACGGAACCUGUAGAAGACUCUGAAUAUAAAAUCAGCAGUUAUGAACCAAACCUCUUCAAGACACCACAGAGGAAACCCUUCUGUAAUCAGUUGGCAUCAACUCCCAUCAUAUUCAAAGAUCAAGGUAUGACCUUAACACUGUACCAAUCUCAUUUAAAAUAAUUAUUUAAAUACAGUGUGAUUGUGGGAAAGGACCUUGCCAAUAGUAGACAUAAAAGCCGUUUCCCCCUGAGGCCUAAAGUGGAUCAAGCAAAAGAUGUUACCAGUCCACCUCCAAAUUCUUGUCUCAGUGAAAGUCCUGUUCUACGAUGUACACGUGUAACACCACAGAGAGAAAAGUCGGUGGUAUGUGGAACUUUAUUUCAUACACCGAAACUUACAAAGGCUCAGACACCAAAACGUAUUUCUGAGAGUCUGGGAGCUGAGGUGGACCCAGAGAUGUCUUGGUCAAGUUCUUUGGCCACCCCACCAACCCUGAGUUCUACUGUGCUGAUAGGCAGAGAUGAAGAACCGAUAGACCCCGCAUUUCCUAAUGACUCCCCUGCUAUUUCAAAAACCUGUUUUUCUAACCAUAACGAAAGUCUGAAGAGCAUUGGCCAGUUUCUCCCUUCUGUGCCAGACAACGAAAAUGCAAAUCCAGGAGAAGCGAUGAGUCAUGAAUUGGGGAAAACGCUAGGGAAUUUAUGUGAUGACGUGAAUAACUGUGAAGACCGUUUUGGAAUGUCAUUGCCAAAUGUUGUAGAAGAACAAGUACAUGAAAGAGGAACAAAUGUUUCUGAAGAAGAUAGUUUUUCAUUCUGUAUUACUAGACAUAAAACAGGAAAUAUACAAAAAAGAAAAACUGGCAAGACUAGGGAAGCACCUUUCAGUGAAACAGAAGCUGGUGAAUGUGAAGAAGCUCUGAAACAACUGGAAGGAAAGGAGCGUUUAUUUGUAUUUGACUCAAAUGCACCAGAUCAGGAACCCACUGGGACUGAUAGUGACAUCAUCUCCAAGGAGGUGGCAGCACCUUCACCCUCCGAGUGCUCUCAGCUGACCCCCUCAGGCCUCAAUGGAACACACAUGGAGAAGAUAACCUUGCAGCCUCUUUCUUCUUGUGACCAAAAUAAUUCAGGAAAAGAUCUGGUAGACACAGAGGAAGGAGGUACCAUCUUUAUCACUUCAGAAAAUUCUUCACCACGUCUUUCAAGUCUACCGAAGACGGAGAAGAUGCUGCAGGAGGAAGUGGUGGUAAAGAAGGGCGAUGAAGGGCAGUGUCCAGUGCCUCAUGAAGAUGCUGUUCUCACAGUGAAGCAGACAAUGUCUCCAACUUCUCCAAUGGCUUCUCUGCUUCAGGGAACCAAAAAGGCUAUUUUCAGGAUCAGAGAAUCCCCUGAAGAGACUUGUGGGGCCAUUUUCUCAGCCCAUCGGACUCAUCCAAACUCUAAAGAAAAGUCUGAAGCCUGCGAGAGUGAGCUGGCACGAGAUGCUCGCUGCUCCCAGACAGGGGGCCCUUCCUGCUUAGGUCCUAGUGGAAGCGGCCCAACCACCCCCACACAUAAUGGUGUGACUUUGAAGACUGCAAGUUUCAUAUCCACUCUGAAAAAGAAAACAAGAAAGUUUAUUUAUUCUAUAAGUGAUGAAGCAUCUUUCCCAGGAAGAAAAAUGGAGAGGGAUCAAGAAUCUGGACCAAGUAACUGCCCAGCCCAGUUCAAAGCACCCCUGACAGCUGCAGCUGCCGACCCAGGUUUAUUGCAUUCUCCUGUCAAAAGAAGCAGUAUACAGAAUAACACUGAAGAACCAACUCUGUCCCUAACCAGCUCAUUUGGGACAAUUCUGAGAACAAGUUCAAAGAAUGAAGGCAAUUCUAAUAAUAAAGUAAUAUCUCAGGAUCUUAAUUACAAAGAAAAAGAAAUAAAUACAGAAGAACUGAAGUCAUUUAUAACCACAGAAACUGACUUUUUGAUGGCCCAACAGGAAAGGUACGGUGAAGAUCAUCCAAAAAUCCAAAGAGUUUCAGGUAUCAGAGCAAAGGUCUUAGCUGCAACAUGGCACCCUGCAGUGCAACAGUCAGUAGUAGGAUACAGUGCCCACUUUCAGUCCCAGGAAAGCAUUUUACAUGACCAUGAUAAUGCCUGCACUCUGAUUUUAACUCCUGGCUCCGAGGAUCCUCUACAAAACCCAGUUGUGAUUUCUAAAGAAAAAGAUUCGUGUGACAUGUCAGAGGAACUAAAACGUGAGAAUUGUGAAGCCACUUUUGAAUUCACUAAAAAUACUCCCAUGGGAAAAAAACAAGAAAUAAGUGUCUUAAAUGAAAAUUUUCAAAAAGCUGAGCUUUCACCACCUGAAAAGUACAUGAAGGUAGCAUCACCUUCUAUGAAGGUGCAAUUUAACCAAAAUACAAAUGUCACAGUAGUCCAGAGAGACCAAGAAGCAACUGCUUUAAUUCCAGAAAUGACCAUCGUUCCAAACUCCGAAGAACUUUACCCAGAGAACAAGGAUAAUUGUGUCUUUCAGAUGAUGAAUACACAGAAUGUGGUCAUCAUAGAUGAUAGUGAGGGACAUCAUGAGGCAAGUUUCAGUUGUGUCAAAGAGCCCACUCUCAGGAGCUCUACCUGGGCAGGGUGUUCAGGCAUAGGUGACAAACAAGCAGCCCAAGUACUGACUUUAAAGGCUUUUGACUCAUCAAAUGUCCAUGAUCCUACAGAGGAGGAGAGAAAUAGUGAAAAGGAACAUCUAAAAAAAGUGACUCUAAGUCAGGGUUUAAAAUCAGACAUCUCCUUAGAGAACAAUGUGAAAUCAAGCAAGAAGAAUGAUUAUGGGGAAAGACGUACAGGACUCUCAGAUCCAAUUUCAAAUUACGGUUUUGGAGGUGUUUUCAGAACAGCUUCCAAUAAAGAGAUAAAACUCUCGGAACACAGCAUUGAGAAAAGCAAAGUGCUCUUCCAAGAUAUUGAAGAACAGUGUCCUAAAGGCUUAGCUUGUAUUGAAAUUGUAAAUGCUGUACCGUUAGAUAAUCAAAAGAAACUAAACAGACGUCAUGCACUUGAUUUACAAGCAAUUAAUUCUGUAUCGGGAGAUGUGCUGAGUAGUGCAUUUGUGCCUGACAGUGACAUCGAUCACACAGCUCCUCAGAUUUCAUUUUUAAAGCAGGAUUUCAAUUCAAACUAUAAUUUAACACCUAGCCAGAAGGCAGAAAUUACAGAACUCUCUACUAUAUUGGAAGAAUCAGGAAGUCAGUUUGAAUUUACACAAUUCAGAAAACCAAGGCACGUAAUAGAGACUAAAACAUUUGCAAGAUGUGAAAACCAAAUGACAGUCUUGAAUAACGCUUCUGAGAAUUGGAAAGAUGUUGGUCUUGGCAUCACAACUAAUAUCCCACCCAUCAGUCGGGUAGACAACAGCAAGAUGUUGGAUGGUGCUGUCGGAAAUACACCAAAGACUGCUUGCUUGCUGAAAAAUCACCGUGACAAAAGUACUUCUGGCUGUUUAACCCAGAAAAUGGAAAUGGAAUUUACGAGCUUUUGUUCUGCUCUUGGCACAAAAAUCAACGUUUCUGGUGAAGCCCUGCAAAGAGCUCUGAGACUGUUCAGUGACAUUGAAGAUUUUAGUGAGGACAUUUCUGCAGAAGAAGGUCUCAGAAGCUUCUCUUCAAGUCAGUGUGCUUCUUUUGUUUGUGGGUCUAAGAUAAAAAAUCUUAAUGAUAAAAAUUAUGGUGAAAAACAUGAUAAAUGCCAACUUAUAUUACAAAAUAAUAUUGACAUGACUGCUGACAUUUUUAUUGAAGGAAAUACUGGAAAUUGCAAGAGAAACAUAGACAGUGAAAAAAACAAAUGCACUGGUGCCAGUAGAAAGACUUGUGACUUAGGAGAAUCUGGUGACAAUGAUUCAAGUAAAAGUGAUACCAUUUAUAUUCAUAAAGAUGAAAAUGACUUGCCACGAGUUAUUGAUGACCACAUGUGUCUGCCACCAGAGCUCCUAAAAAUAUCUAACCAGUGUGUGAAGGAGGGAAACAAUGAAAUUAAAGAAGGUUUGUCAGAUUUAACUUGUUUGGAAGUUGUGAAAGCUGAAGAAACAUUUCAUGUUGAUACUUCAAAUAAAGAACAAUCAACUUCUAAUAAAAUUGAGCAAAAUGUAAAAGAUUAUGAUGUAUGUGUUGUACCAUUUCAGACUGCAAGUGGGAAAAAUAUCAGUGUCUCCAAAGGGUCAUUAAGUAAAGUUGUAAAUUUAUUUGAUACAAAGUAUGCAGAGGAAGAAUUGAAUAACUUCUCAGACUCUUUGAACUCUGACUUGCCUUCGGACAUAAAAAAGGACAAAAUGGACAAUUCAGGUUAUGAGGAAAGAGACAUGAUUCAAAACAAACUAUGGGAAAGAUCUCACCCAGUUGGUACCGAAAAUAAAUUACUGACUAUCUGCCAACAACCCACAUGUGAAAUUGAAAAGAUCAGAGAACCCACCAUGUUGGGUUUUCAUACAGCUAGUGGAAAAAAAGUGAAAAUUGCAAAGGAAUCUUUGGACAGAGUGAAAAAUCUCUUUGAUGAAAAAAUGCAGGAUACUCCUAGUGAAAUCUCCAGUGUUGGACAUCAAGGGGCACAGAGUCUAAAGGAGAAAGAGGAAUGUAAAGAAGGGUUUGAAUUAGCACAUGACACAUUCAAGACAGCCACCAUCUCAAAGUCUGAAGAAAUGGAGGAAUCUCUAGAUGGUAAUGAGAGAGACCUUAUUUUUAAUGAGACCACAGGGCUCUUAAGUGAUUCAGACAGACACACUGAAAAUCUCAAAACAUCAAAUAGUAUUUCUUUGAAAUUUGAAGUAGACGAAAAAGGAGAAAGAGAACCAGCAAAAAGUCCUACAACUUGCUACACAGACCAUUCAGCCAACAAAAAUCCAGCUUUAGUGUUUUACACAGGGCAUGGGAGGAAAAUUUCUGUGAGUCCGACAUCACUAUUUGAAGCAAAAAAAUGGCUUCAAGAAGGCGAAUUGGAAAAUCAACCAGGAAAAAUGAAUGCUGCCAAGGUUAUUUGUUUAAAAGAAGACCCUCGGGAUUGUGUAGGAAAUCCUUCAUAUGGAAACAGUUCAAAUAGUAGCAUAACAGAAAAUGACAAAAAUAAUCUGUCAGAAAAACAAGGUUCAGGUUACUCAAGUAACAGCUGUUCAUACAAUUCUUAUUUUUGUCAUCCCAAUGAGGUACAUAAUAAGUCAGCAUCUCGCUCAAAAAAACAAAUCGACAAUUCUCGUACUGAGCCAGUGGUGAAGAAUGUCAGAGAAAGAAAAAACAUUAGUGUUUCCAAAGUAACAUCAACCAUAAGAAAAGCAAACACACACCCACAAACUGUAAAUGAAGAUACUUGUGUUCAGAAACUUGUGACUGAUACUUCAUGCAAAAGCAAAAAUGCAGCCAUUGAAUUCCCUAUGUCUGAUUCAAACAAUUUGGAGGUCGGACCACCUGUAUUCAGCACAGCAAGUGGUAAAAUAGUCUCUGUUUCACAGGAGACGAUAAAAAGAGUAAGAGAGAAAUUUGUAGACAACUGUAGUGAGAUCAUCAAACAAACGACUGAGAGUAAAACAGACACUUACAAAACGAAAAUUGUGCCAGGUUGCCAUGAAGCACUAGAUAAUUCAGAAGAAAAUAUUUUUCCUAAUUCUUUAGAUGGUGAAGAAUGCAAUAUGCAUUCACAUAAGGUUUCUGAUGACAUUCAAAGUGAACACAUUUUACAACAUAACCAAAGUACGUCUGCGUUGGAUAAAGUUUCUGAAACAGCACCUUGUCAGGUUGAUACGAAAAAUUCUGAUAUAUGGAAAUUUAACAUGCAGACACUUCCCAAGUCACUCUCGUCUACACAUGCAUGUGGAAUUUUCAACACAGCAAGUGGAAAACCUGUACAGGUGACAGAUGCUUCAUUACAGAAGGCAAGACAUGUGCUUUCUGAGAUAGGAGAUAGUGCCAAGCAUCUCAUUUCCGAAGUGUCUGUCAACAGUGAUGAAGAACAUUCAAACAAGGUCACAAGAGACAAAAACACUAUGAUACAUACUAAAAAAGAAUUGCCACCACUCCAGGAAUGCUUUACAUCUAAUGUAAUUUCAUGUGCCUCCUCUGGAUUUAGUACAGCAAGUGGAAAACAGGUCUUAAUUUCUGAAAGUGCCUUACACAAAGUUAAGGGGAUGUUGGAAGAAUUUGAUCUAAUCAAAACUGAAAUUAAUCCUCAGUCACCUCCAUUUAGACAAGAUGUAUCAAAAACACUUGCUAUUCCUGGUGUUGAUAAGAGAAUCCCGAAGCACUCUGUAAACUCCAAAAUGGAAAAAUGGUACAAUGAGGAAUAUCAAUUAUCAAAUAACUGUAAUAUUGAAAGUGUUUCUUCAGAAAACUUUCCACCCAUCAGUGUUUCUCCACAUGCCUCUCAGUAUAAGCAAGAUAAACAACAGUCGGCAUUAGGAACAAAAGUAUCACCUGUUGAGAACAUUCAUCUUGUGGGAAAAGAACAGGCUUUGCCUAGAAAUGUGAAAAUGAAAACUGGUCAAAUCCAUACUUUCUCGAAUCUUCCUGUGAAAACAAAUACAGCCGUUUGUUCGACUUACUCCAAGGAUCCAGAAAAUUGUUUUGAAACGGAAGCGGUAGAGAUUGCCAGAGCUUUUAUGGAGGACGGAGAGCUGACAGACUCUAACCCCCCAAGUCACACCAGACAUUCUCAAUUCACCCGCUCGAAAAUUUGCCUGGAGUCAAAUUUGAGAACUGGCAAAAGAAGAAAUGCAGUUGUCUCAGCUGGAGAACCGCCAAUCAAAAGAAACUUGUUAAGUGAAUUUGACAGGAUAGCGAAAAAUCAAGAAAAAUCCUUGCAUGCCUCUAAAAGCACCCCAGAUGGCACAAUAAAGGAUAGAAGACUAUUUAUGCAUCACAUUUCCUUACAGCCAGUUACCUGUGCACCAUCUUGCACAACUAAAGAAUCGCGAGAAAUACAGAACCCGAAUUUUACGGCACCUGGUCAGGAAUUUCUUUUUAAGUCUUGUUCUUUUGAACACUUGGCUUUGGAAAAACCUCCAAGCAAUUUAUCCGUUCCAGGACAGCUGCCUCGUAAAGUUCCUGCCACGGGAAAUGAGAAAACAAGACCCUCAGUUACGACAGGCAAAGCCACCAAAGUCUUUGUCCCACCUUUUAAAACGAGGUCACGUUUUCAAGGAAAUGAGCAGUGUGCUACCAGGAAUGUGAAUUUGGAAGAAGACAAACACACCCAAAGCAGUAGAGUUGAGCUCGAUGCCGGUGACAGUGAGAAUGGCAUUGGUGAGGGUGGACUUCCUCGGGCUGACGGGCGCACCUGCCAUCAGGCAGCAGCUGCACCUCCCAGAAACGGUGCCGGAGAACCUUUAGAUUUAGUGUCAAGUCUUCAGAAUGCCAGAGAGAUGCAAGAUGCACGGAUACAAAUGAAACAGAGGCAACGUGUAUGUCCACAGCCUGGCAGUCUGUAUCUAGCAAAAACGUCCACCACACCGAGGAUCUCGCUGAAAACAGCUGUUGGGGCCCGAGUUCCCCGCACACAGUCUCCGAAGCAGCUGUAUGUGUGUGGCGUUCGCAAACAUUGCAUAGAAAUUAACAGCAGGAAUGCGGAGUCUUUCCAGUUCCACGCUCAGGAUUACUUCGGAAAGGAAGGCGUGUGGGCUGGACAGGGCGUACAGCUGGCAGAUGGUGGGUGGCUCAUCCCCUCCAACGAUGGAAAGGCUGGAAAGGAAGAAUUUUAUAGGGCUCUGUGUGACACCCCCGGUGUGGAUCCAGAGUUUAUCUCAAGAGCUUGGGUCAAUAAUCACUACCGAUGGAUCGUGUGGAAGCUGGCCGCCAUGGAAGUUUCCUUCCCCGAGGAAUUUGCAAAUAGAUGCCUAAGCCCAGAAAGGGUACUGCUUCAACUGAAGUACAGAUACGAUGUGGAAAUUGACAGAAGCAGAAGAUCAGCUAUAAAGAAAAUCACAGAGAGGGAUGACACCGCUGCAAAAACGCUUGUUCUCUGCGUUUCGGAAAUAAUUUCAUCGAGCACAGACAUACCGGAAACUUCUAACCGUAAGACUCAGGGUGGGGCCACCAGAAACGUGGGCCUCCUUGAGCUUACGGACGGGUGGUACGCAGUGAGAGCCCAGCUGGACCCUCCCCUCACGGCGCUUCUGAGGACGGGCAGGCUGCCGGUGGGCCAGAAGAUCAUCACGCACGGGGCAGAGCUCGUGGGCCCUCAGGAUGCUUGCAGUCCUCUGGAAGCCCCGGCCUCGCUCAUGUUAAAGAUUUCUACUAACAGCACCCGGCCUGCUUGUUGGUAUGCCAAACUUGGGUUCUUUGCUGACCCCAGACCCUUUCCUCUGCCCUUGUCAUCGCUGUUCAGCGAGGGAGGGAACGUUGGCUGUGUGGAUGUCAUCGUUCAGAGAGCUUACCCUGUGCAGUGGGUGGAGAAGACGCCAUCUGGGUUAUACGUAUUCCGAGAUGAAAGAGCAGAGGAGAAGGAGGCAGCCCGAUGUGCGGCGGCCCGGCUCAAGAGGCUGGAAGCCCUGCUCGCUGACGUUCAGGUGGAACUGGAACAGCAGGAAGAAAGUACAGUAGCCCGGAGCCUACCAGCACGUGUGCUGACCAGACAGCAAGUGCGUGCUCUGCAAGAUGGCGCUGAACUUUACGAGGCUGUGAGCGCCGCGCCAGACCCAGGCCUCCUUGAGGGUUACUUGAGUGAAGAGCAGCUGAGAGCCUUGAACAGCCACCGGCAGAUGUUGAACAAUAAGAAGCAGGCACAGAUGCAGUUGGAGCUCCAGAAGGCCAUCGAGUCCGCCGAGCAGGGGGAGCAGGGUCUUUCGAGAGAUGUUGCCACUGUGUGGAAGCUGCGUGUUGUAAGCUAUGCGAAAAAAGGAGGAGACUCAGUUCUGUUGACUAUCUGGCGUCCGUCAUCAGAGCUGUCCUCCCUGUUGAUGGAGGGAAAGAGAUACAGGAUCUAUCAUCUCGCCACAUCAAAGGCUAAGAGUCGAUCUGGAAGAGGGAACGUACAGUUAACAGCAACCAAGACGACGCGGUACCAGCAGCUGCCGACUUCAGAUGAAAUCCUGUUCCAGGUGUACCAGCCAAGGGAACCCCUUCCCUUCACCCAAUUAUUCGACCAAGACUUCCAGCCCCCUUGCUUGGAGGUGGACCUGAUAGGAUUUGUAGUCUCUGUGGUGAGAAAAAGAGGUCUUGCCCCUGUGGUCUAUCUGUCAGAUGAAAGCCAUAAUUUCCUGGCAAUAAAAUUCUGGAUCGAUCUUAAUGAAGACAUUAUAAAACCUCCUAUGUUAAUUGCUGCCAGCAACCUCCAGUGGCGACCACAGUCCAAAUCAGGAGUUCCAACUUUAUUUGCUGGAGAUUUCUCCACAUUUUCUUCCAGUCCAAAGGAGGGCCACUUCCAGGAGGUGUCCAAGAAAAUGAGAAAUGCCAUUGAGAAUGUUGCUGUAUUUUGCAAGGACGCAGAAGACAAGCUAAUGCAUAUACUUAAUGCAGACAGCCCCAAGUGGGCCACCCCAAGUAAAGACCGUGCUUCCGAGCCACACGCUGCACAGGCCGUCCUUGGCGCAGAAAAUACGCCUCUGGUGAGUAAACGUCUGUGUACCGUAAGGAGUGAUGUGAACAUCACACAUGCAGACAGGAGGUCUCUGCCAACACCUGCGCCUUCCCAGAAGACUUCCAAAGGGGAGAGGGAAGUCGAGGACCCAAAAGCCGUCAGGAAGAGAAGAGCCCUGGACUUCCUGGGGAGACUGCCUUUGCCGCCUCCCGUCAGUCCCGUCUGCACGUUUGUUUCCCCGGCGGCACAGAAGGCAUUUCAGCCGCCCCGGAGCUGUGGCUUCAAAUAUGAGACCCCUCCAAAGACAAAGGAAUUGUGUUCUCCUCGGAUGACUCCGCUUAGAAAAGGCAACGAAACUGCUCUUGUGGAGAGCGACUCCAUAGCUGAUGAAGAACUCGCGCUCAUCAACACCCAGGCCCUUUUGUCUGACUCGGCAGGACAGAAGCCACCGGGGUCGGUCGGAGGUUCCACCAGGACCACGCCCGCUGGUGCCAAAGAUCAUGUGGGACAGCGGCGGCCUCGCGCGACGUCUGAGCUCCGAGAGCAGGAAGCGUCUCACAGCGGCCCGGAAGAGACCGGCGCCCAGGGGGCAGGCCGGGCAGCGCAUUCAUACCGCAGAUCUCCGAGGCCGCCCAAACAGAAGUGA